AUGGAUCCGUGCCCAUUUGUUCGGCUCAUGGUUGAGUCUAUGGCUCUGAAGCUUCCACUAGCAACCAAACCCGCACCCGUUUCCGGUGUUCACCCUUCAACCACACCAUGCUUCUGCAAGAUUCGUAUAAACACUUUCCCUUCCGAGAUUGCUCUUCUUCCUCUCUGUUCCUCACCCACCGACUCUGCUCCCCCAGACACAACCACCUCCUCCGCCGGCUUCCACCUCGACUCCGCCGCUCUCCGGCGAUUCUCCGGCAAGCCCGCAGUCACGCUUCGCGUCUCCGUCUACACCGGCAGCAUGGCCCGCACGUGUGGCCUCACCGGCGCCAAGUUGCUUGGCCGUGUUGUCAUGAGCAUUGACCUCAACGGUGCUCUCUCUCGUUCCACCACGUUCCACAAUGGGUGGCUCAAACUAGGGAAGAAGAAGAAGAAGAAGAAUAACAAUGAACCGGAUAAUAAGCCUUCGGCUCGGCUUCAUUUGGUGAUCCGGUCUGAACCGGACCCCCGGUUCGUUUUCCAAUUCGGAGGUGAACCGGAGUGUAGCCCGGUUGUUUUUCAGAUUCAGGAGAAUAUCAGACAACCUGUUUUCAGCUGCAAGUUCAGUGCAGACCGUAACUCCAGAUCCCGGUCUCUUCCCUCAGAUUUUACCAACAACCACAGUAAAUGGAGAAGAACCUUCUCAGGUGUUAGAGAACGCAAUGGGAGGGAGAGAAAAGGUUGGAUGAUAAUGAUUCAUGAUCUUUCAGGCUCACCAGUUGCUGCAGCCUCUAUGAUCACCCCAUUUGUCCCUUCCCCUGGUUCAGAUCGAGUAUCAAGAUCAAACCCAGGUGCAUGGCUCAUUCUUCGUCCCAAUGGUGCCUCUGUGAGUAGCUGGAAGCCAUGGGGUCGUUUAGAGGCAUGGCGUGAAAGAGGUCCUAUUGAUGGCUUGGGCUACAAGUUUGAACUUGUUACUGAGAAUGGACCUUCAAAUGGAAUACCAAUUGCUGAAGCCACAUUGAAUGUGAAAAAGGGUGGCCAAUUCUGCAUUGAUUAUAAAGUAAUGAAGGACUCUGGAUUGGGUUCAAGGUUACCAGGUGAAGGGUUUGUGAUGGGUUCAACUGUGGAAGGUGAAGGCAAAGUUAGUAAACCUGUUGUGCAAGUUGGGGCACAGCAUGUGACAUGCAUGGCUGAUGCUGCUCUUUUCAUUGCUCUCUCAGCUGCUAUUGAUCUUAGCAUGGAUGCAUGCCAGCUUUUCUCUCAUAAACUUAGGAAGGAGCUUUGUCAUGAAGAACAAGUUUCAUUUCCUUAA